UCUUCGAAGAUUAGGGGCUCUGCGCUUCGGCUAGGAUGGUUGUGGUGUCGCUACUGUUGUUGGGGGGUUUGUGGAGUGCUGUGGGAGCGUCCAAUCUGGCUGUCGUUACAUGCGGCUCGGUGGUGAAGCUACUCAAUACGCGCCACAACGUGAGACUGCACUCACACGACGUGCGCUAUGGGUCAGGUAGUGGGCAGCAGUCAGUGACAGGUGUAACCUCUGUGGACGACAGCAAUAGUUACUGGAGGAUACGGGGGAAGACUGCUACAGUGUGUGAGAGGGGAACCCCCAUCAAAUGUGGCCAACCCAUCCGGCUGACACAUGUCAACACUGGCCGGAACCUCCAUAGUCACCACUUCACCUCACCUCUUUCUGGAAACCAGGAAGUGAGUGCUUUUGGUGAGGAAGGUGAAGGCGAUUAUCUAGAUGACUGGACGGUGCUCUGUAACGGGCCCUACUGGGUGAGGGAUGGUGAGGUGCGGUUCAAGCAUUCUUCCACUGAAGUUCUGCUGUCUGUCACGGGAGAACAAUAUGGCCGACCCAUUAGUGGGCAAAAGGAGGUACAUGGCAUGGCCCAGCCGAGCCAGAAUAACUACUGGAAAACCAUGGAAGGCAUCUUCAUGAAACCCAGUGAGUUGUUAAAGGCAGAAGCUCAUCAUGCAGAGCUAUGAGUCUGGAAGCUGUGAGCCAGUGUCACCACACAGUGUUCAUGACAUCUGUUGCUGCUCCACCCUGGGAUCCCUGCCCCAGGUUCCCUGGGCAGUGGCCAUGUCACCACUGAGAUGAAGAUGCAUGACAGAAAACAGUGGCUGUGUUUGGAAGCUUCAGCCCUUCAACUUGAAUUGGUUGUUCUCCCAGACUCUGGGUCAGUUCUUUUUGAGUAGAGGACUUGCUGGUGAAGGAGCAGAUAUUUUUAUUAAUAUUGAUAAAACAGAAACUGAGGGAGAUAGCCCUCCUAGUUGGGAAAUUGUUACUCAUCAGAAUCUUGGGAUCGUGGAUUAUUGAUGUGUGACUUUUCUCCUAUUUUCUUUCUCCAAAAUGAUAAAGAAUUUCAUUAUUAGUCACCAGUGUUGUCCUUUAUUAGGUGUGCUGUUUCAUAAUCUGAUUGAUCCUUGAGUCUGACACAUGUCACUGCUAUCACUCUAGAGAUGUUGGGAGCCUUUGGUGUAGGCCCUUUUAAGAGCCUUACUUGCAUCCAAACUUUCUAUUUUCACUUCUCUCCUAGCACGUCUUUUACUAGAUUUUUAAUUAUGGCUGAAGACCCUCAAGGAAUUCAGCUUAAUAAAUAGUGAAAUGUUUUACUCUGGAUGUGUUAACUGCAGUUGAGAAGAAAAAGAAAAACUAAUAUUCGCUGUCUGCUAAAUACUAGAUACUGUAUUAUAGCUCUUACUUCCUUAAUCUUCAUAGAUCACCUCCUUUAAUCUUCAUAGAUCUAGGGUAGGUAUUACAGUAUUACCAAUGCAGAACAUGAAGGUUGAAUAACUGCCUUACUUAAGUGCUUAAAUUGCCCUUGAGUAAGUAACCUAAAGCUAGUAAAUAAGGAUAGGAAUCCAACUGUGUCUGGCUCACAUUCUUUUUACUACAGUAUAGUUAUGUUCACUCUUGGAUAAUAAUUGCUCUUUUAUGGAUAAAUGUAGGGAUAGCUUUCUCUGAAAGGGGGGGUAGAAAACUUUUGUCCUAUGCUUACCUCAUUUCUUCCUUUCUGUCUGCUGGUCAGUUCCAGAAAGUUUGCUCCUAGGUCUUUUGAGCAUGGUAGUGGUGAACAGAAGUGUCUUCUAUAUGCUGGAAUUUCAGUGACUAGCAGGCCUUUUAUUUUUAGAAACAAUUGUUCCCCCGUCCUUUCCUUUACGGACUUAAGGUUAAACAUUUGGGCAUAAUGGGUCUGUGCCAGGUUUAGCCCAUGACAUUAAGAGGCUUGGUCUCUGUCACAAGGACUUGUUUCAGUACGUUGAGACCGUGAACUAGUUGAACUCCAUCUCCAUUCUCUCCCCUCUUCCCACUUCAGUUGCAUUGAUCAUUUGAGAUCUCCAGAAGUAGACAAACGAUAAAAUCAACAUUUCAGGUUAUUGUGAUACUGGGAGUAUGCUGGAAAUAGUCUGGGGAGAAAGAAGAAAGGAGUGAUAGGAAUCAGCUGGGUAAAGGGAACAUAUUGUACAAGAUGGAAAUGAAUAGAGAGGUAUGUUGCAAGAUACCCCCAAUUUGGCUUGAACAGAGUUUUCACUGAGUUGCUGGGCCUUCCCUGAGGGUUCACAGACAGAACCUACCUUGCUAAGAGGCUGCAGAUUAUAAUGCUUGAGAGAUAAGUAUGAAUUUGAAACAAAUGGUGGAGUCUUUGGGGAGGUGUGAAAUGAUUGACAAGAGGACUAGAUAAGGAAACCAGUUGGAGGGGUAAAAACUGUGGGUAACCCAAUGUGAAAAUUGAAAUGUUCGUUUUCUGAAGGAGUGGAAAAGAGUUUCCAAGUAAAAUCUUGAAGAACAUUUAUGGAGAUUGGGAUGUAAGAGUAAAGGGAUAUGAACUACUUAUUUUGAAAUCCUCAGAACUUGUUUUAGCUUGUAUUGUAUUAGCAUCACUGUAUCAGAGUUGGAAGGGAUCUUUGUCCAGUUUCCUCAUUUCACAGAGAUGGACACAGGCAAAAUAAAGCUGAUCCUGAAUUAUC